AUGUUGGGCAUUUUAUUCUUGCUUUCGUUGGUUAGCAUCACUGAUGGCUCAUUGAACAGCGCAGCUCAUUUUCCGGCUAAUUUAAACAUUCCGAAGUCGCAUAUACCUUAUUUGUUCAUGUCAAAACCGUUUAUCGACAAAUGUGAAACAGUUAAAGCUUGCAAAACAAAGUAUAUGAACGGUAUUCAGCGGUGCUGGGGAUACGAAAAAGGAUGUGUCUUCAAAAACAGUUUCUCCUCUGCGACAAUUCGAUGCGACAACGUCAGCGAAAAAGAGAGGCCUGGUAAGAUCAAGACGUUCUGGGCUGAAGGUGACUUUGCAAAGUUGAAAAGUGUUGUCAGUAGUAUUGUACCAUUAUGUACAUCUAGGAAUCAGGAUGAGUCUUUUCUGGAAUGUUCGGAACAUUUAAGGUUUUGUCGUGCCAGAAAUAUCUUUUUUCAUUUCAAGCAUCUCAACGCUAAGACGUCAAAAAGGUAUCGUAACGAUGUGAUACAUGACGGUAAUGUUGGUGGAAGGUGUGAGAAGUUUGAUCAAGACUUAUUGUCGAGAAUGGCCGAUGAGCAAAGUUAUUUGCAGAGUUGGGGCCAUGAGUUAAAAUACUUCCAGUCGUACAAGAACUUCAAAGUUGACCAUAAGCACUGUGAUGUAAUUUUUGAUCGACCAACAAUUAUCAUGAAGUUAGAUGCUUCUGUCAGUAUGUACCAUCAUUUUUGUGACUUUAUCAACCUUUAUGCAAGCCAACAUGUCAACGGCUCAUUUGAUAUGGACCUUGAUAUCGUCUGGUGGGACACAUUUGCUGGCGGUUUUGUUGACCCUCUGUUUGGUUCCACUUGGAGAGCUUUUACCAAUCGACUUCCUUAUGAGCUAAUUCAUUUCGAUGGUAAAAAAGUAUGCUUUCGGAAUGCUGUGUUACCGUUAUUAGCAAGGCAGAGAAUGGGUUUGUACUACAAUAUGCCUUUAGAAGAAGGUUGCAGUGGUAGUGGGCUUUUUGACGCAUUCUCUAAACAUCUGUUACAUCGUCUCGGUAUAAAACAAGAUACACCUCAACGUAACAAGGUCAGAAUUACAUUCCUGAGUCGCAGCACCCAAUUUCGACGUAUUGUCAAUGAAAAUGAGGUAUUUUAA